ACACUCAACUGUUUUAGAAGAGCAGUUUCCCAGAUUUCUCCUUGAAGCUGUGACUGGCUACAGUACAGCCAAGAGCAAGAGGAAAGGGCUACCUGUGAGCAAAUGCCUGCCUCAGUCUCACCCUGUGUGGCGUUCAUGCAGCUGUGGCUGACUCUACUGGUUGUGCCCCCUGUCGAUGGACAACAUGCUUUCCUGAUACUGCGAGCUCCACCUCCUGUGUUCGAAGGAGACUCUGUGGUUCUGAGGUGCCAUGGAAAGGAACACAUAGCCCCAAAGACCCUGACAUUUUACAAGAAUGAUCAAGCUCUGGAAUUAUCUCGUCCAAGUUCUGAGCUCUAUAUUCGUCAUGUAAAUCUGCAGGACAACGAUGAAUACAAAUGCACUCACAAGAAGCCGUGGUCUUGGGGAAACAUCAUUUCUUCCAAUAUGGUCAAAGUUCAAGUCCAAGAGUUAUUCCCACACCCUGUGCUGAUGGUCAGACCUCCUCAACCCAUAGAUGGAAGCCCAGUGACCCUGACCUGUCAGACCCAGCUCCCUGCACAGAGGUCAGAUGUCCAGCUCCAGUUCUGUUUCUUCAGAAACUACCAGGCUCUGGGGUCAGGCUGCAGCAGCUCCUCAGAGUUUCACAUUCCUGCCAUAUGGACUGAAGAUUCAAUGUGGUACCAGUGCAAGGCAGAAACAAAGAAUUCCCAAGUUGGAAAACAAAGUAUCGAGUUCAAAAUUCCAGUGCAGAGAGCUUUUGCGGACUUCCAAACACGCAUCGUCCCAGCCUCACAGUCGGUGUUUGAAGGGCAGUUGCUGUUACUCAACUGCUCAAUAAAAGGAGUCCCAGGACCCCUCAAAUUCUCCUGGUAUAAAAGGGAAAUGCCGAAUAAAGAAACAAAGAUUCUUAAGUCCUCAGAAGCAGAACUCAAGAUCUCCAAAGUGAACAUCGGUGACGCCGGGGAGUAUUACUGUGAGGCUAACAACAGCCGCCGAAGUUUUGUCAGCAAGGCAGUUCCCAUCACCGUAAAAGUUCCAGUAUCUCAACCAGUUCUCAACCUAAGCACCGGCAGGACCCGGGCCCAUGAGGGAGACUUGAUGACACUUCAUUGUCAAUCCCAGAGGGGCUCUCCAUACAUCCUGUAUGAGUUUUACUAUGAGAAUGUCUCCCUGGGGAACAGCUCUACACUCUCCGGAGGAGGAGCAUCCUUCAAUUUCUCUAUGAGCACAGAGCGAUCUGGAAACUACUACUGCACAGCAGACAAUGGCCUGGGAGCCCAGCGCAGUGAGGCUAUGUGGAUCUCUGUCUUGGACAUGACAAAGAACAGAAGCAUUCCUGUGGCCGCCGGAAUCACUGUGGGACUGCUCAUCACGGCUGUUGGAGUGUUUCUGUUUUAUUGCUGGUUCUCUAGAAAAGCAGGGGGAGAGCCUGCCUCUGAUGACUCCAGGAGUCCUUCAGAUUCAGAACCCCAGGAGCCCACCUAUUACAACGUACCAGCCUGUAUAGAACUGCAGCCAGUGUACAGCAAUGACCCUAAAGAAAACGUGAUUUACACAGAAGUACGGAGAACUCAACCGAGACGGAAACAUGCAGUUCAGGAGUCUGAAAGCCCAAGAUCAAGAUGCCAGAUGGCUGAGAAAAACUAGGACAUGUCUCCUCCAAGAUCCCCAAGAAUAACAUGUGUCUGACUCCCACAGCACCCUGUAGUUCUGGCCAAUCAUCUCAGUUUUCGGGGGUGGGGGUUGUGGACUAUGCCCCAAUGCCCUCCAUCUUUUAAAGGAAGAAUCUCAGGUUCCAAUCUUGUCCUCAGUGCUUCAGACCCAAAUCUCUAAAAUCUCACAUUAUUUAGUAACAGAUUUGGUGGCACACUCCUGACAAAGUUAAGCCAAGAACCCCCGAGGUAUAUGGUAAACUAGAAGACAUCUGUUUACCAUCCUCUGAAUGAGAAGAGCCGCAAUAAGAAAAAUAAACACUUCUGAAGAGAAAGGAAGAGAAAAAGGUUUUAAAUGCACCAAGAUAAUGUUUAAAUACCAGAAACUGGAGAGGAAAAGACAGGUAAUGCGUGGGAAACAUCCAACCUAAACACAGAUCCAACAGCAUGGCUCUGGCGUGGAGAGGGUAAACAGACUUCUCAAAAGCUAAAGGAAGCUGCCCUGGUGAGGGAAAACUGGCCGUCCUGCCCUCAGAGCAAAUCCUCAGCCCUCACAAGCCUCAAAGCCAGUGGCAGUUUUUGUGAGACAGGAAUCACACCCAGGCUCUGUGUGACUCAGAGCAGAAGCAACCUGGUUUGAAUGAGAAUCUACAGGCUUGUGGAUUUGAAUUCUUGGACCCCAGCUGCUAGCACAUUUUGGAGAGGUGUGAAACUUUGCUAGAGAAAGCAUACCCCUGGAGAUAGGCUUAGUUAAGAGUGUAGCCUCGCCUGCUUCUGUUUUACCCUCAGCUCUCUGUCUGAGGUUGAGGAUUUAAUCGCCUCUGAAACCCGUCUGGCUGCCUCUGCUCUGCCUUGCACCCAUUAUGGACUCUUCCUUUGAAACCAGAAGCCAGAACCAACACUUCCCUUCCUAAGUUGCUGCUGCCUGUGGCGUUUCCCUCACAGCAACAGAAAAAUGUCUGAUCCAGACAUUGGCACAAAAGGUGGGUAC